GUGUGCACAGCGUAUAGUGCGGCGGCUGCGGCAACGGCUGCCCGGGUGGAACAAGAGGUGCUCGCCAGUGGUGUGCGGUGUGGUGGAGGUGCUGCUGCCGAGAUGGACGUUGUGGUGUUGGGCAUUGAUGAUAUUGCCGUGGAUGAGUUUUCAGCAUGUGGUGUGGGAUACCACGUGGUCCAGGCGUGUCUGUCCUCUUGUGGUAUGGUGGAUGUAUGCAUGAUGUUAUUUCAGCCCCACCACAGUGUUCAGCGGAUGGAUGGUAUUGACAUUAUUUCUAAACUCUUUCCACAUGCCUAUCCUGGCAACAGCAGAGAUGAUGGAAGAAAUAAUAAUAACAGCAUGAAUAAUAAUAAUAAUAAUGCUAGAGUGUCCCUGGCCCAUAUGGCGGCCUACACGGAACUGAUGCAGACAGUGACGAGCAGUCCUUCAUUUUGCCGUGUCAUUCAAACCUCCUCCUUAUUGUUGCAACUACAUCUAACGUCUGUGGUGGUAAAUCUCUGGUGGCUGCAGGGGGCACACAUCCAGCAGUGUCUCUUUCGCGAUGGAUGCAAAGAUGAGUGGAGGCCAUCUCUCUUUUUGUGUUUGUUGAAUGUUUCUGAUGUGGCAGAGUUGCAGAUGCGACUGAGCCUUGUUCUCCCACAGCACUGUGUGAGAAAGGGCCCGAGUCACUGUGGGCGUGAGACCCACACUUUGUCUGUGCCCGUGGAGAGAACACAGCGCGGGGUGCGGGAUGAGACGCACCGGCAGUUGUUGAGCGCCAAGCUGCAGGAGAGGCGUGGGGAAGUGGAGCGACUUGCGGUGUCUGUUGAGCAGCAGCAGGCGAGGAAUGUGAGGAUGGAGGAAACAUUACAUUCUCUGCGGGAAACUGCGCGGGAGUUGAGGAUAGAAAAGGAUCACUUGGGGCGACAAUCCCACACUAUUGUGAAUGCGAGGCGGCGGAGUGUAAAGGAGCAGCAGGCGGAACUGGUGGCCUUCAACACGGCAGAGGGACAACGCCUUGCGGCUCUCCGCCGGGAGUACGAGAGGGACGUGCGGCUGGAGAUGGAACACCUCGCGGAGCUGCGGGCGCGGUGUGGCCAAACACGUGAAGAGGCGGAAAGACGUGCAUGGCAACAGACCGUCAGGCUGCGCAAGCAACUGGACACUGCGCACGAGAUGCGGGAGAGAAUGCGUGAUGGUGUUUCACAGUGGCGAAUGAAGGUGCGAGUGCAAAGAAGAAGAAAAAGAAAAGAAGGAGGAGGAGGAGGAGGAGAGGUGGCUGCAGAGUCCCCAUCACAACAAACACAAGAGAACCAACAACAACAAGAAGAAGAGUAUGAGAUGGAGUUACACCGGAUUCAUAGAGAUACACUGAAGGUUUCCCAAAAGCUCACUGCACUGCGUCAGGAACGAGAUGAGCUUGAAACUUUGAAAGAAUGGUGGAGAGCAAAGGCAGAAGAGGAAAUGGAGGAAGAAGAAGAAGAAGAUGAUGAUGAUGAUGAGUUUAGCCAAAACACUGAUGUGGCAUGGGAAGAGACGGAUAAAUGGAGAGACAUACUGCAGAAUGCCCUAGAGGAGGAAGAGUCUAUGGCCCGACAGUCUCUUUACGCUAUGGAAUUAGCCGCAAGAAGGGAGGACUGUGAAUGGGAAUGGUGUGUGCAGUCACACUUCAAAGGAUGUGCAUACACUGACAGUGACCCACAUCUACACCAACAACAGAAACAACAACAA